AUGGCGACCGACUUCCACAUUCUGUGCGAGUUUGGUUCUUCUUCUGUGACGAGUGGCGGUUGGUGUGGCGAGGGCGAAAUUUACUUGUCAUUCAGGAGAUCUAAUGUGUUGCAUGUGAUGUGUGGUGAUGCAGCAGGAAUGAUUUUCAGGUUUAGUCAGGAAGUUGUGUGGUCUGCAUCUGAUACGCAAACACAUUUAAAUUUCACUCUUUUGCAAGCUCAACGUGAAGCCAAUUUUUAACUCGCUCUAGGCACUAGCUCUAGUGUAAGAAAUGCAUAGUACUUUAGCACGUAACAGAGAGGUGGAAGUCUGAGGAUCUGGCUCACGGCUCAAGCUGACCAACAUUUGGGACCACCUUUCUUCUCUUUUCUUAGUUCUGGCUACGGCCUUGCAGAUGGACAGACAGACAGACAGACAGACAGAUAGGUGAAGAAUUGGAUAUGCAAUGUAGUGUGCACUACACCUAGUUAGUUAAUUACAUACAGUUUAGUUGUGGUUUGUGUUAAUGUAUUAAGACUUUUUGUGUUUGAUCUAAAUAUAGCAUAGACAGUUUUAGUCAUUUUCAAGUUUGAGACAGAGACAAGGAUUAAUGUCUAUUAUUUAGUGUUUGUAAAAUGUAUUGAAAUAAACAGACAGACACACAAGAGAUCCCCAACCUGGACUAUUGAUUUAUAACUCAGACUCAGUAGCUUGCCUACAUACAAAUGUUAGCAGGAUAGUGGGAGGUUCGACAGAAGGACGGUGGUCUAAAUGCAAAAUUGGUAACAGUUGACACGUAUGGUUUAUACAAUAAUGAAUGAAAUAUUUGAUGACGUGGGACGUUAACGUUUUUGUGUAGGUUGGGAAUGGGAGAAUGAGAAUGGAGAGUGGAUGUCAUAUCCAUCUUCUAUAUGUCGUAAACUGGAAACUUCCUACUUUACAAAUCCAACAAGCGAUGUGAACAUCACGGCUGUGGGAUGGUUGUACACAGUCCAUCUAUCAAGCAUGGAGCAAGAGCACGACAAAACUGCAGUUGUGAGAAAAGUGAGAAGAAAGGGUGGAGUUGCUGCUGGUCAAGCUGCUGGUGGGAGUAAGAAGAGAACAAGGAGUGCAGCAAAGAAGAAGAAAGUGAAGGAAGAUGAAGAUGAGGAAGAUGAAACAGAAGAUGUUGCAGAUACAGUAAAGUCAGUUGUAUUUCAAGGACGAGCUCCAGUCGAUUCACUUUGUACAUUAAAGCAGUCAAAGGCUCAUGUCUAUUAUGAUGCUGUUGAUGUGUGGGACACGAUGCUCAAUCAAACGAAUUUGAAGAACAACAACAAUAAGUUUUAUAUUAUACAGCUGCUGGAGGAGAAUAGCAAGAGGAGCUACUUUGUAUGGAUGCGAUGGGGAGGAGUUGGUUUCUCCGGCCAAAACAGCUUGGUGGAAUGUGGUUCAGGCAUUGACAAGGCUAAGCAAGUGUUUGAGAAAAAGUUUUUCGAUAAGACAAACAAUCAGUGGAGUGACAGAGCAUCGUUUGUUAAAUGUCCAGGGAAAUAUGAUUUACUGAAAAUUGAUUACACAACACAGGACAAUGAAGGUGAAGACAAAGUCGAUGGCCCUGAAGACACUUCAUCACAAAUCGACAUGAAACCAACCAAACCAACAUCUCAUCUUGACAUUCGACUCCAACAAUUGAUUGAACUAAUAUGCAACGUCAAGGCAAUGGAAGAAACGGUUGUUGAAAUGAAAUACGACACGAAGAAGGCCCCACUAGGCAAACUGACAAAGGAUCAGAUCAAGGCAGGAUAUGCGGCUUUAAAAAGGAUUGAAUCGUGUAUUAGAGCUAAUGAUUAUGGUAAUAGCUUGGUGCGUGCGUGUGACGACUUUUAUACGAGGAUACCACACGCGUUUGGGUAGAGAAGUAGCUGUUGGUUACGAAGGGAUGUUGUGUGUGUGUGUGUGUGUGUGUGUGUGUGUGUGUGUGUGUGUGUGUGUGUGUUUGUGUGUGUGUGUGUGUGUGUGUGUGUGUGUAGGAUGAUGAGGCCACCAACUAUUAGAACAACAGAACAUGUGAAGGCUAUAUAAGAUGAGUUUGUUGGAGGCUCUUGGUGAUAUUGAGAAAGCCAUGCGUGUGAUGAGUGAAAAGGGCCACACAGAUGAGCAUCCAAUUGACAGACAGUAUACUUCACUACAAAGAAGUUGCUGAGUACAAGGGUCUGAUGGUUGUGUCGUUCCUCUCGGUCCAACUUGUGAUACCAAAGUACAUAACCCACACGGCUACACACUCAACUACAAGGAGUACGUCAUAUAUGAAGCAGAUCAAGAUGCGUUAUCUGGUGAAGCUGAGAUUCAAUUUCCAAUAGCUAUCAGCAGUUCAAUACAAAACAACUAAACUUUUGUCUGUACUGUAUCUUCUAUAUACACUAUUUGUACAAUAACUUCCAUGAUAAUGAGUGUUCAUCUUGUAAGAAGAGGCUGAGGUUUGUGUGUCUGUCCUUCACUCGUGGUAUGAUAUCAUGCUGUACAAGUCGACAUAAAUGAACGUAUUGGUGGCUGCUUGACAUCCUGCCACAUCCAGUCAAUGAUGAAAUAUCAGAGAUGAUCAAGUUGAAGUGAACCUAGAGACACAAUCAACGUCUCAUU